AACGAAGCUCCUCUUUUCUUUGUAGUUGUUGAAGUAUUUUUGCACAUCGAUCUAUUGCUGCGUGCGUGUGUAGUCAUUUUGAUUGCCACAACGUAUGGAAACGAAGUGCGCGGCGCUUGGUGUACACGGAACGAUAUCCCGGCGCUUGGUGUACUAAGCACUACAUCCAGUAGUGCCGUCGAAGGCUCUUUACAACAAGAAGGGACGCACCUAAUAACGUGGAGUCGCGGUUGAUGUUCCUGUUGCGAUCAACAGGGAACAGUUUUUUUCCGCUCAUUGGCUGCUAGAAAUCGUCAGGGAAAUCUUAGGCACGUUGCCGAAAAGAUUCAUCAAAUCAGCAAAAGUAUAUGGAACACCGACACCAUGAGAUGA